AAGAAGAAGAAGAAGAAGAAGAAGAAGAACCCUGUCGGAAGAAGCGCAGUUCGAUAGUAGAUCGCUGCAUAUCUGGCAACCCAAGUGAGUCAAAGUAAAGGGAGGCGGACUCCCUGCAGGGAUUCAUCGGGUUACACCCAUCGCUGUUUAGAUGGCUCACAGAGGGGAGUAAGUUGAACGGUGCUGAACACCCUGAAGUCAGUCAGCAGACUUCUCUCCUCACCAAUUAAAGCAGAAUGGAGCAAGAAUUUGAGGAUAUUGACUCGUCCGGCAAAUGGCAAAACCUUUACAACGAAAUCCGCACCCAGGCUGUGGAACAUCCGUACAAAGUAGCAAAACUUGCAGUGAACAGGGCUCUGAACCGCUACAGAGAUGUCAGCCCGUAUGAUCACAGUCGGGUAAAACUGAGAAACGCAGAAAAUGACUACAUAAAUGCAAGUUUAGUCACCGUGACAGAAGCUGAAAGAGCUUACAUUCUUUCUCAGGGCCCUUUGGCGACUACGUGUGGUCAUUUCUGGCUCAUGAUUUGGGAGCAGCGCUCCAAAGCUGUUAUAAUGCUCAACAGAGUUAUAGAAAAAGGAUCUGAAAAGUGUGCACAGUACUGGCCCACGUCAAAGGAGCUGCAGAUGUUUUUCACAGACGCGGGCUUUGUUGUGAGGCUGCUGUCAGAGGAGGACCAAUCCCAGUAUACGAUCCGAGUGUUAGACCUUGAGAACACAAAGACGGGAGAGUCCAGAGAGAUCUACCACUUUCACUACACCACAUGGCCUGACUUUGGGGUGCCAGAAUCUCCUGCCUCCUUCCUCAACUUCCUCUUCAAGGUUCGGGAGUCUGGCUCGCUGGGCCCGAAACACGGGCCCUCGGUGGUGCACUGCAGCGCUGGAAUCGGCCGCUCGGGGAGCUUCGCCUUGGUGGACACCUGUCUACUCCUGAUGGACAAGAGGAAGAGCCCGUCAUCAGUGGACGUACAGAAGGUGCUGUUAGGCAUGAGAGAAUACCGCAUGGGUCUGAUCCAGACCGCGGACCAGCUGCGUUUUUCUUACAUGGCCAUCAUCGAGGGAGCCAAGCUCAUUCUGACUGACAACUCAGAGCCACAGAACACGUUGAUAGGCCUGUCCAGAAACGUGUUUGAGCCAGAUUUACCACCUCCACCACCCCCACCCAGACCUCAUCUAAGUGACAGCAGACCCAACGGAUCAUGCCUGGAGCCACAGGCCGGCACAGGAGACCACCUCCUGGUAAAGGAGGCAGACGGCCAGGACCACCCUGUGAUAGAAAACUCUGUGCAAGUGAGGAAAAGACACCGUGAGGAGAGGAUUGCCAGCACCACACAGAAGAUCCAGCAGAUGAAACAAAGACUGAGUUACUCAGAGGAGGAGGAGAAGAAGAAGAAGAAGAAGAAGAAGAAAGAGACGAGGCAGUCCUGGAGGCCCGUACUGCUUAGCGUUGGUGCCGGAGCAGUGGUGGUGGUCGGCCUGUUGUGCUGGAUGUACGCUCAUUAAAGUGCACUGGCUCCCUAACAACGGACUCCGUUUUUGCAUCGGUACUAGGGCUUAGGUACUUCCUCCAUUAGUAUAUAUAGAUGGUACAAUGUGCAUAACUGAAGAUAUUUAUUACUUAAGGUCAAAAUGCAGGAGUGCUAGAUCAAAUGAGUGUAUAUUUUUCUCGUAAGAUCUUAAAAAGGUAACAUCUCAGGAUCCUGGUGCCAGCACAAAGAUUCCCCUCUUCUUUACACUGUUGUUGAAUGUGUCGCAGUAAAGUUGCUUUGAAAGAAAUGACUAAAGGUGCAGUGCAAAGAAAACAAUUCCUGACAGGUUUAUUUUUGCAUUCUUUAUUUGUAAUAGGCUCUUGUGUGUUUAUCACUUACGGAUACGUUUUACAUGACUGGGAAUGAUGUCCAUCCUACCAUUAAAGAUGUAGGAAAACUCCAGAGCCAAAAGGUCAGCGAUGAGAUUUUAUUGGUUUUAAUAUAAUGAAUGCAUGUUUUUACUCGUUUUCCAGAUCACCAUCAGUUCUUCCGCUCAUAUUAAGCAGGGCAUCCUAACAUGGCCAAAUACACACACACACACACACAUUUUGUGUUUGUGACUAGAUACUUCAUAGGGGGUAACCCUGUCAUAAUUCAAACCCCUCCUGAACGUUCUUUUUCUCGUUUCACUGAAUUUAUACAAACUGCCGAGCUCCUUGCCCAUUAGUGCAUGUGUUGACCCACUGGAUGGGUUCAUGUUUUUCUGCUGUUUUAUUAAGAAAACCAAAGCAAAGCUAUUUGUUUCAGGAAGAUGAUGGCUUAAACAAGCUGUUGAUGACGAAGCCUUGUACUCCCAUUAUGUGGAAUGUAUUUUCUCUUGAAACUCUCACGUGUUACUAAAUGAAGCUAUUCUUGGUACCUUUGACAUUUUUGUUGUGUGACUUUAAUUUUCACCUAUAGCAUUACACAAUUGCGUUUAAACUCCCAUCUAAUCUGAAGUUAUGAAAGUGUGAACUUGACGUUGGAGCGAGCACCUUGUAAUAAAGAAGAUG